UAUCCCAACGCUACUAAAACUUGAUAGUAUUUUUUUUAUUACUUUUGUACCACGUAAGACACAUUUUUUCAGUUUUUAUUUAAAAGCAGCAAGUGAAAGAAGAAAAUUGCCAACUCUAAAAGAAAGGUUUUAUUUCAUUAUUCGAAAUUCAGCAAUCUCCAUUAUUCAGGAUCCUCGAUUUAACGAAAACAAAGAUGCGUAUUGGUGCUCUUCUCCUCACUCUAGCGAUUUUCUACAGUUUCAUUGGAUUAAGUUCACAGUACAAUAAAGACCUUCUUGUGAACGGCACAAUGGCUCUUUUAGAUAACCUGGGUAUCUUUUUCCGUAUAACUAAUAAUUUAGAUAUAUUGGUGAGUGAUGGGCACAAUAAAGACAUUUACGGGCUAAUACACGAUAAAUAUCAUUUGCUGGUUUGCGCAUUAGAACCAUAUGAUGGACAAGUAUGGGUGCGUGCAUUAAUGGCAGACGGCAAACAAGUUAAGGUGGAUGCGAGCACUACUUAUGCGUGGAACAAAGGCGACACAGACAUAUAUCACCUCGAAUUUGACAAAAUCCUUUCGUAAAAGAAUAUUUGACAUUUCUAACUGCACAUAUUAUUUUUAUGUCGAAACCCGCUCACUCUUAAGAAGAAAUAUUGGUUUAUUAGUUACACGUAUUACUGGUUACGCGGAAAGAAUUUUUGCGCAAGAGCAGCGCCGCCUACUGUAAAACAGUUGUGCGUAGGCUUGACACAGUUAUAACGAUUUUGGCGCAGCGGACUCCUUAAACUAGUUCGUCCAAAUAGAACUCUGUUUGACGCAUGCGCAGUAGUGCACGGGACCAUCUUCGGGAACACUUAGCUGAACCACGCAGCAAGUAUGCCAAACAAAUUAACAUUCGCCCCAAGGAUUAGCGCAACUGGUGUGCUGGUGAGAACCUACAAGUGCUGUCGAGAAAUUCUUUCCAUGCGCUAAGUUCUUAUGUUUUUGUUUUAAUAAUAAAAUUCGGACAUUAUAUUGUAUUAGUUUUCUUCUUAAUUCCUUUUCCAUUCUUAAGUUUCCAAUGUUCUAUAAUUUGGUGUGUAGUGUCCAAUGAAUUUCUAAAGUAAGUUUUCACUCAACCAAACUCAUUAAAAAUUAAUUAAUGAAAGAGGAGUUCAUAAACACAUAAAAAUCUAUCGAUUAAACCUUAUUUGUAAAUGAUUAUAAAAAGGUGGAAAUUUUCUCUAGGAAUUAAUUGCACGGAAUUAUAUCAACAAAUUAAUAUUAUUGUAAUUUCUUCUUAUGUUACAUUUCUUGUUAGCUACAAAUCAAAAGUCUAUAUUUUUCAAAUAAAGCAUUUUCUGAUCUAAAAAAUUUCAUUUAAAUAUAAAUAAAUUUUCCCUUUGAAUCGUGUAAAGACGACUUUUUUGGAUUGGAUGUAACUUUUCUUCAAGUGUAUAAUUGCAAGUAGUAAUCAUUUUGGUGUAAAUUAGUUUUAACAUUUGUAUUCGACUUCGUCUGAAAAAAUAAUAUUUUUUAAUGAGAGCAAUGUAAUUGUGGAUUAAAGAAAUAAACGGAUGUGAAAUGACA